GUCCGGAUUUACACGCAUAGGAUAUGAAGGCUCUUGCUCGAUCCAAGCUGGGCACUGCAUUGGCACCGGCAGCAUUCUUCGAGCUUUCAAGUUGCACAAGUUCCCAAGUUUUGCUUGGCAUCAAAGCUUGCAUGGCGCAAGAAGCUGGUGAAGAAUUUUGUUGAUGGAUGACCAGCAAGCAACACUUCUAAGGCCCUUCUAAGGCCUGCAUGAAUCCCUGCAUGUAGUUGGCGCAUUCAAAUCCAGGUCAUGCUCUUACGCCAGCGGAGCUUCAACAUAGUAAAUCUGCUCAAUGACCUAGCAUGAAAGCGUCACCGUGAAUGUCCAGAAGGCAGCCACAGCUCCCUCUUCCAGCUUUGAAGUCCUUGGCUUUGCUGGGCAAGCCAUGCUUCUCCCACAACUCAGACACAAUGUCACCAAAAGGCUGCUCUUGAGCGGACGACCGUUGCUAGUGUACCACUACCGGCACCUGAAUACAGAGAGCUCUGAUUCGGGCGUGGAGGCCCUGAUUGAGCAGAACUUGGCUCCAAGAACAACCACUGUAGAGGAGGCUGCGAGGGCAGUUACAAGCACACGGAGAGAAGCACUGUCUCUGUACCGAUCCAUCUUGCGUGGCUCUCGCUUUUUUGUGUGGACAAAUAAAAAUGGGGUUCUCUGGAAGGAUAUGAUUCAACAAAGUGCCAGAAGCGAGUUUGAGGCCGCACGGCAUGAGACGGACCCUGAAGUGGUCACUCGCCUCAUCAUCGGUGGGAGGGACGCAGUGGAAAAGGCUUUAGAGAAGUUCAUCGACAAGACAAAGCAGAUUGUCGAACACGACACGCCCGUCCCAAAUGGAUAGAGUCCUUGCGGACUUCCCGUUCCGAGACCACUCGCUCUCGUCGACUUGAGCUAGCAUCAGAGUCUGUCAGGAAAGCGGCUUGAGUAUAGACUUCUCACUUAUGCGGAACGAGGUGUUCUUAAGGGCCCCUUGGUAAGACCCGGCAGCAUUCAAGUAAGCCAAGUUACGAAGGACCUCGACAUGUACGUCCGAUCUUGCGUUAGCGGAAAGUCGAAAGCGAAGCUCGGAACCUGUCAGAAACGUAAGCAUGACAAGCACGUUGGAUCGUCCAUAAAGAAGCUGGUCGGAUCCGCGCGUAUUCUGCGAAGAUAACUGUAGGGACUUCAGCGAACAGCGGUAAGCGAUCGCUGUUUUAGUCUGAUUAUUAAUGUAAUACCUAAACCUGCUCGAAGGCCUGGUACUUCCGAGCCUGAACUAAACUUACCGAUCAUGCAUGGGC